CCGCUGGCGGGCACGCCCCGCCUCCUCCCGCGCCGGGCACGCCCACUCCCUGUCCCCCGCCCAUCCCGAGGUGCAGCCGGCGCUGAGCGCGGCAGGCGCGGGAGCUGGCGCUGGAGCCGGAGCGGCGGCGGCGGCGGCAUUCACGGGGCGGCGGCGGCGGCGCGGGCUCCGGCACGAGCUCGGGCUCCGGCAUGGUGCAAUCCGGCCUCGUCCCGGGAGAGCGGGGCCCGCGCGCGGGGCUGGCGCCGGGGGAGCGGCGGCAGCGACGGUGGCAGUGGUGGCUGCAGGCGCAGGCAGGCGGCAGGUGCUAGAAGCGGGGCUGGGCGAGGUGUGUGCCCGCUGGGCUCCGGGGCCGCCGCCCCCUCUCUGCCCCCAUCUUUCCCUCCCUUUGGGCUUCCCAGCGCGUCCAGCCCCCCGUCUCCGCGCCCCAGACCAUGGCGCCCCGCGGUUGAGCCGGCGCCGCCAGGGACCCCUCCCGCGGGCCUCCCCGGGGCGCGCAGAUCCCGGAGCCGCCCGCCCACCCUCCGCGGAGCCUCCCUCCUCUCCUCGCCCGAGCCGGGCAGGACCAUGGCUGCGAAGCUGCGAGCGCAUCAGGUGGACGUGGACCCGGACUUCGCGCCACGGAGCCGGCCGCGCUCGUGUACCUGGCCCCUGCCGCAGCCCGACUUGGCCGGCGACGAGGACGGAGCGCUGGGUUCAGGGGUGGCUGAAGGCGCCGAGGACUGUGGGCCGGAGCGCCGGGCGACGGCCCCGGCGAUGGCCCCAGCGCCGCCGCUGGGCGCGGAGGUCGGACCGCUGCGGAAAGCGAAGAGCUCCCGGCGGAACGCGUGGGGGAACCUGUCCUACGCCGACCUCAUCACCAAAGCCAUCGAGAGCGCCCCGGACAAGCGGCUCACGCUCUCGCAGAUCUACGACUGGAUGGUCCGUUACGUGCCCUACUUCAAGGAUAAAGGCGACAGCAACAGCUCGGCCGGCUGGAAGAACUCCAUCCGGCACAACCUGUCGCUGCACACCCGUUUCAUCCGCGUGCAGAACGAGGGCACCGGCAAGAGCUCGUGGUGGAUGCUGAACCCCGAGGGCGGAAAGACGGGCAAGACCCCGCGGCGCAGGGCCGUGUCCAUGGACAACGGGGCCAAGUUCCUGCGCAUCAAAGGCAAGGCAAGCAAGAAGAAGCAGCUGCAGGCACCUGAGCGAGGCCCCGACGACAGCCCCCCGAGCGCACCAGCCCCGGGGCCCUUGCCUGCCGCGGCCAAGUGGGCCACCAGCCCGGCCUCACACGCCAGCGACGACUAUGAGGCGUGGGCCGACUUCCGCGGUGGCGGGAGACCCCUGCUAGGGGAGGCGGCCGAAUUGGAGGACGACGAGACCCUGGAGGCCCUGGCGCCAUCGUCGCCGCUCAUGUACCCGAGCCCGGCGAGCGCGCUGUCGCCCGCGCUGGGUGCGCGCUGCCCGGGGGAGCUGCCCCGCCUGGCCGAGCUGGGAGGCCCGCUGGGUCUGCACGGCGGCGGCGCGGGGCUGCCCGAGGCCCUGCUGGACGGCGCGCAGGACGCGUACGGGCCGCGGGCCCGCGCCGGGACGCCCGCCUACUUCGGGGGCUGCAAGAGCGGUGCUUACGGCGGGGCCGGGGGCGGGGGCUUUGGGCCGCCGGCGUUGGGCGCGCUGCGCCGCCUGCCCAUGCAGACCAUCCAGGAGAACAAGCAGGCCAGCUUCGCGCCGGCCGCCGCGCCCUUCCGCCCCGGGGCGCUGUCCGCGCUGCUGCCGCCGCCGCCGCCCGCGCCCAGGCCCGGCCCGGUGCUGGGAGCGCCCGGGGAGCUGGCGCUGGCGGGCGCGCCCGCCGCCUACCCGGGCAAGGGGGCGGCCCCAUACGCGCCGCCUGUGCCCUCGCGCAGUGCCUUAGCCCACCCCAUCAGCCUUAUGACGCUGCCCGGCGAGGCGGGCGCCCCGGGCCUGGCGCCGCCGGGCCAUGCGGCCGCCUUCGGGGCCCCGCCCGGCGGCCUCCUGCUGGACGCGCUGCCCGGGCCGUACGCGGCCGCCGCUGCCGGGCCGCUGGGUGCCGCGCCCGACCGCUUCCCGGCCGACCUGGACCUCGACAUGUUCAGCGGGAGCCUCGAGUGCGACGUCGAGUCCAUCAUCCUCAACGACUUCAUGGACAGCGACGAAAUGGACUUCAACUUCGACUCGGCCCUGCCUCCGCCGCCGCCCGGCCUGGCCGGGGCCCCGCCCCCCAACCAGAGCUGGGUGCCGGGCUGAGGGCCGCUUCCCGCGCCCCGGGUGCCUGCCCCGCCCCAAGGGGCCUCUGUCUUCCCAUCCUGAUCCCCGGGACCCCACCCCCGAUUCCAGCUCCGCGGGAGGAUCCAGGAGGCAGCCCCAGCCCAGCUAGAGACAUCCCUCAGAAGUUGACCGCUGA